AUGUUAUUUACAAGUUUACUUGGAAAAUUUACUUUUGUCAUUUACAUCACAUUUUUUUUAUUAAUAUUAUCAACGACAUUUAUAUUCACAAAUGCAUUUUCAGUUUCAUGGGUUUAUGAAGAUCUUUUAGCACAUCCGCAAUAUAAAGUCAUUUUUCAAGAGAAACAAUUGAUACCAAGUAGCAGGAUUGACAAUCAUGUCAUUGAACAAGAUCCCAACAAUGUCCAGGCAAUGACACAAAUUGAUCAAUCAUCAUCUGAAGAAUCAAAAUCAACUUCAAUAAUGAUGCGUACAUCAACUGGUCAAUCAUAUGUUUGUAAAAAUAAAGAUGAUAAUACUAACCUUAUGAAAAAAGGUUUAGUAUUAUUAGAGCCUUUGCUGGAUAAUUGCCUGUACUAUAUUAAUGGAUGGUGGACUUAUGAAUAUUGUCAUAUGAGACAUGUGAAACAGUUUCACCAAAUAAUUCAAGCUGGGAGUCUAAUUGAAGAUACAAGUAGUGAGUCUUAUUUUUUGGGAAAGACAUUAGGUACAGAUUUAGAAGUUGGUGGAGGAAAAAAGUUUUUGGUUCAACGUUGGAGUGAUGGAACUACAUGUGAUUUAACUGGAAAUCCUCGUAGAGUUGAGAUUCAGUUUCAUUGUAAUCCACAAAAUUAUAUUUCUGUAGUUACUGAGAUGUACACGUGUAAUUAUCUUGUAGUUAUUCAUACAUCAUAUUUAUGCGCUCAUCCUGCUUUUCAUGAUACAUCUUUCUCAAAGAUCAAUCCAAUUGAAUGUAGACCAGUGGUACCUGAUGCAUAUUAUCAACGCGCUAUAGAAAAAGGAUUAGAAAGUGGGUUGAAAGACAAGUCAAGCAUCAAACAACACAUUAAUGAAAAGGAUAAAACUUUUGAUGGCUCAGAUAAUCGAAAUCAACAAAAGCAAGAUUUAAAUCAAAAAAACCCAGAAUCAACAGAUAAAAAUAAAAAGGAUGCAGCAAUGACUCAAAAUAAAAAACAAUUGGAAAGGUUGGUAGCAAUAGCAAAUAAAUUGCUUGAUCAGGAAUAUUUACGUGAUUUGGCCAGGAGGCCUGAAUUACAAAGUGCAGAAAUAGGUUUUAAUGAUGAUAAUACAAAUCAAGACGAUGAUCGUGAAAUAAAGUUUUUUCUUUAUGAUGACGAUUAUGGAAAAAAAGCAUCAUCAAAUUUUGAUAAAAAUUUGAAAAACCUAUUGAUAAAUAAUUUUAAAAAGAUGGGAAUUUUUAAUGCAAAUAAUAAUGAAAAGGUGUUAUUUGAAGAACAAAAUAAUCAAAAGAGUCAUCAAGCAAAAUUGAGCAAGAUCUUUGAAACAAUAUUUGACCCUGAUGUUGUGGAUGAUACAAACAUCGAUAAAGACAAUGAAAAAAAGAAAUAA